UGUGAUGUCUGGUGUGUUGUGUUCCAGAACUUUGUCAGUCUGGAUUCAGAAGUCCCACAGUAUCUUUGCAUGCUCAUUUUCAUUAUUAUUAUUAUUUGCUAAAUACAGUAGAGUCUCACUUAUCCAACAUAAAUGGGCCGGCAGAAUGUUGGAUAAUAAGGAGGCAUUAAGGAAAAGCCUAUUAAACAUCAAAUUAGGUUAUGAUUUUACUAAUGAAGCACCAAAACAUCAUGUUAUACAACAAAUUUGACAGAAAAGUAGUUCAAUAUGCAGUAAUGCUAUGUAGUAAUUACUGUAUUUACGAAUUUAGCACCAAAAUAUCACGAUGUAUUGAAAACAUUGACUACAAAAAUGUGUUGGAUAAUCCAGAACGUUGGAUAAGCGAGAGUUGGAUAAGUGAGACUCUACUGUAUUUGUAAACUGUUACUUAAGGAGAAUCAAUAUUUCAUGCAUUGGAUUACUUUUUAAAGAAAAACACCUCUGAGUAAUAUCUUAUCAGUAGCCACAGAUGGUGCUCCAGCGAUGGUAGGGCACUACAGGGGUUUUCUUGCAUAUUUUAAAAAGGAGGUGCCGAAUGCAUUCAUAGUACACUGUAUCAUCCAUCGUCAACAUCUAGUUGCCAAAAAUUUAAGCGCACGCCUACAUAAUUCAUUACAAUAUGUAAUUAAAGCUACCAAUACAAUCAGAAGCAAAUAAUUGAAUGGCAGAUUAUUUAAACAUUAAAUAUUACUCAAUGCCCCCUGGAUUUUUUUUUUAAUUUUAAUAGCAAUUAGAAAGAAAGAUAUAUGUAUUAAUGCAUAUUGCAAAUGCACCUGUGGCCAUCACCGCCCCCCUGGAUCGCUGCAGCGCCCACCAAUCACGGGCCUAGACUAUAAAUAUGUAUCCCGGUAUCAACUGAGUAUGCACUUACCGAUUAAUUAACUGCAAUUUCACUUAUUCAAAUAUUCAAGUUAAUCUUGUUGGUAGCAAUUGUUUUCAUAAGUUCCCAUGUUUAGCAUUCCACCUUUGGCCAGCAAAUCCUGAAAAUGCUUCCAGUUACACAACUGGGAGAUGCUGGGAAUAAAGUUUGCUCUAACUAUAAAACAGGGUUCCCCAAGAGAGGCUGAAGCUAAUAAAUGGUGUACCUGUAUUAGUAAUAUUUGAAGAGGGACAUUAUGUUUAUGAGCCUUUGAACUAAUGCCAGAAGCCACUGAUGACAAACAACAAAACUGCUGACCUUGGUUUUGAAAAAAGGUAACAAAACCUAAACGCAUUCAGAGCAAAUGCUGUUUAUUGAUUCAUGCAUUGGAUUUGAAGCUGGUUUCUCUGCAUGGUUUGAUACAUAUUCUGCUCAGCGGUGGCUGGCUUCUGUUUGCAGAAAUUUCAGAAUUUAAGCUCUAUUCUGCAAAUUCUCUUAGGAUCAUUUCUCCCUUUUAGCUUGGGAGUUGCCAUCUUAGUAUUGCUGCACUUCCAACAUUUUACUUACAAGGAAGCUGCCAAGAAGAGAAAGUAAGUGGAGGAGAAAAGGUGCCUGAGGCCAAAAACAGGACUAUAAUUGUUUGUUCGCUGUUCUUGGAGCGAUGCCUCAUGUUUGUGUAACUCAAGGUAACUCAAGUUAAGGUAAGGUUUUCCCCUGAUAUUAAGUCCAGUCUUGACCGACUCUAGGGGUUGGUACUCAUCUCCAUUUCUAAGCCGAAGAGCCGGCGUUGUCCAUAGACACCUCCAAGGUCAUGUGGCUGGAAUGACUGCAUGGAGCGCCGUUACCUUCCCGCCAGAGCGGUACCUAUUGAUCUACUCACAUUUGCAUGUUUUCGAACUACUAGGUUGGCAGGAGCUGGGGCUAACAGCGGGUGCUCAUUCCACUCCCGGGAUUUGAACCUGACACCUUUUGGUCCGCAAGUUCAGCAGCUCAGUGCUUUAACACACUUCGCCACGGGGACUCUUGCAUAACUCAAAAAUACAAGCAAAUCAGAACCAUGCCAGCAGAAAUUGUUUUUUUUAUGCUCUCAAUUUGAAGAUAAUUGACUAUGGCCCAAUCUACACUGCCAUAUAAUCCAGAUUAUCUGCUUCAAACUGGAUUAUGUGAUAGUCUAGAUCCAUCCUAAAAAGGACUAGGUUUCUCGCCUUCCCUGAAAAUCCGAUCCAGGAGCCCAUUCUAUAUCUUCUUACUUCACAGGUAUGACACUACAAUUUCAUUGUAAUUGCCACAGUUGCAGCUUAUAAAUCCUGGGAUUUAUAGUUUGUUGAGGUACUUUGGGAGAGGACUCUAAAUGCUCCUUCCUUGAACUGGAAAUCCCACAAUUCUAGAAGAUGUUGCCGUGGCAGUUCAAAGGGAAUCAUGGCACCAUAAUUGUGUUGUGUGAAAGGGUCCCCAUUCUUUCUCCUCCCUAAAUCGAAUAAGACAACAUUUGAAGAAGAUUUGUUGAAUCAAUUGGAAUUUGGUAAAGUCAGCAUUGACAUAAAUCCCACUGAUUUAAUAAGUCUGAUCUUGAUGGCCUCUUUCUGUCUCCAUUCAUUGAUUCAGAGAAGCUGAAGGAAGGAGAAGCGAAAACAACUUGACCAUGAUAUUUUGCCUUUCUUGUUCAUAGAUAAGACUAAUGGGAAAUGCAAAUAAAGCCUAACAUUCCUAAUGUAACAGGAAGGAAAACAAGAAAGUUUAUAUCCACAGUCUCAUCAUCACAAAGUUUUGGGGUAUUAUUCGAUGCUUACUCUUGCCCUUUUCGCGAAAGUGCCACUGUCCUCAUCACGGAGGCUAAGUUUUCACAAGUGAAAUAACGUGUCCUUACCUGGAUCCCAAUUCUGUUGACAUACAUACCUCUUUUUGAUGCCUAGGAUAUAUAUAUAUUUUAAAAAAAACAACAACAUCCAGUUUGCUCCUUUUGGGGAAGGAAAAACAUUUUUAAAAACCUGUGGUUUGAUUCCUGAAUAAGGAUUGCGAUGGAACUAGAGGUGAAGGAUGGGGAGAAGGCUGGACUGCUUUGGUGGGAAGUCAUCUGGUUGUCCCUCCAUCAUUUUCACUAUGGAAGGGGAGAACUCCCUUGUUUGCAUUAACAUCCUGGAAAAGGCGAUGUUGCCUUCAAAAAUAUAUUAGCUGGUGUUUAAGGUAAAGGUAAAGCUUUUCCCCAGGUGUUUGCAAGUCAGCAUUUCACCUCCCCAAUCUCUACCCCAACCUCCCCAAUCUCUUGCUUUACAGAAGCCCAAGUGGGCAAUCAGAACAAAGUAAUACAAGGAAAUUUAUUUAUUUACAGUAUUUAUAUUCCGCCCUUCUCACCCCGAAGGGGACUCAGGGCGGAUUACAAUGAACACAUAUAUGGCAAACAUUCAAUGCCAACAGACAAACAACAUUCAGUUUUUAGACAGACACAGAGGCAUUUUUUAAACAUCUUUCCAGCUUCACGGUUCUGGCCACAGGGGGAGCUGUUGCUUCACCGUCCAUUGGUGGCUGUUCUUCCUCUUCUUUUCCUCGUGAGCAGUUUUAUGGUGUUGUAGAUUAGUUAAAUUAGCCUCCCGCAUAAAGCGUACCUAAAUUUUCCCUACUUGACAGAUGCAACUGUCUUUCGGGGUUGCUAGGUCAACAGCAAGCCGGGGCUAUUUUUUUUUUUUUUUAUGGUCGGAGGCUUAAGCCGACCCGGGCUUCAAACUCAUAACCUCUCAGUCAGUAGUGAUUUAUAGCAGCUGGUUACUAGCCAGCUGCGCCACAGCCCGGCCCCCAAUACUGUCCAAUGUCCAAUACUGUAUUUCUUUUGUUGUAACCACCUCAUCACUUUGAGAAAUUUACUCCUCUUCAUAGGACACUUCAGCCUCUUUUCAAACACUGAGAGGCAUGGAACUCAUCACAUGUUCCGGGGCUGAAAAGAGGCAGAAACAUCCUGAAAGGAGGGAACUCUGAACACGGGUCAGCAGUUGUGUUCAAAGCUCCUACCUCCCACUUUACUCCCAUGUUUCCAACUGAAAAACAGGUGGGAUGGGAACCAUGAAAGAUUCCAGUCCUGUUUCAUUGCUCAACCAUCAGCAGUCUCUUGUAUCCUAUGGGGUUUGAUGCAGAACAAUAUGAUCCCAUGGAAAGAUGUGAAUUUAGUCUGGUGUCAGUCUCCUUUAAUGUAAGGGGGUUUGGGCAGGGCUUUCGGAUAUUGUUUCUCAUGAUUUUUUAAAAAAGUAAUACUGACCUCCUGAUGAAUGAAAUUGGAUGUAUUACCAGCUCUUAAGUUUACACGUGUGAAUGUGAUGGGGAGGCAGAACUCGAAACAGGACUGCUGAUGAUGUAAGAGGUUCGAUUGUCUAUGCGAAAAGAAUGGUUAACCAUGAGUUCCCCUCUCAAUGUCAUGAGGUUGUAAAAUGCCAUUAAUUGUAAGACACACACUAAGCUCAGUACCACUAAGAAAAAAGAGCUUUGUUUAUAUAUAUUCCUGAUUCUAUGACAUGUUCCAUUUUUAGAGAUGUUUAUGGGGGGGGGUGUGUCUUAGAAUCAAAGAAAUACAGUAUGUGUCUGCCUUGUUGGAAUCCACCAAAACAAAAACAAAACUCUUGGAGCUGCAUUAAAUGGCAUUAUAUGGCAGUGGAGAUGGAGCUUAGAGAAGAAUCCCAUUCUUUCCUAGCUUUAGCUUUAUUGUAUUGUUUUAGGGCCCGGUUUCCAUCAUGGAGUUUUAAAUUCAUGUCUUGUGCUCGCUAUAUUUUAAUCUUUGAUUUGUGCAAUUUAAUAUAGCAAUAUAUAUGUAGGAAUUUGAUUUAAUAUGUGUAUAUUAUAAUGUUUAUGAUGACUGUAUGUGUUUUAGCUAUAUUGUAACCCACCUCGAGCAAUAAAGAGAGGCUGUCACAUCGCCAGAAGGUCUGGUGCCCAAUCAGUUGCACAACUGUUUUUAGCAUUUCGUUAUGAAGUCUAUUACCAAGAUACUGAAUUGGGUUUCCAAUUUCUUCCUUGUUGGUUCCAAAGGUUGAUCUGAAUGGCAAACUUUAAGGGCCAUGCACUUCCAGGCAGUUUCUUCUUACUCUUUGGCCUUUGGUGGCCAGUGAAAUUUGCACUGAAACACCACAGCAUGAAACUGAAAAAAAAGGGCCGUGCACAUCGUAGCUUCAAUCGUCUGGAGAUUGUUGAAGGAGCUGUCAAAGUCAUCUUUGCGAUGAUAGGGAUCCUUGCCGAGCAGUUUGUUCCAGACGGUCCCCACUUGUACCUCUACACCAGAGAGCCAUGGGGUUGGGUGAAGUUGAUGAACUGGCAACACUCCACCAUGUACCUGUUCUUUGGCCUGUCGGGGGUCGUCGAUGUCCUCACCUAUAGCCCAGCUAGACUGCCUUUAGGGCUGGAUCGGCUCAUGCUGGCCAUUGCCGCCUUUGUCGAAGGUGUCCUUCUCUACUUCCACGUCCAGAACCGGCCAAUGCUGGACCGUCACAUCCACACUCUGCUGCUGAUUGCCAUCUUUGCCGGAAGCGCCAGCAUUCUGUUGGAAGUCUUCCUGCGAGAUAACGUUAUCCUGGAGCUCUUCCGCUCCACCUUCUGCUUUGUGCAAGGAACCUGGUUUUGGCAGAUUGGCUUUGUGCUGUAUCCACCGUUUGGAGGGAAAACCUGGGAUGAGUCUGACCACGACAACAUGAUGUUCGUCACCAUGUGCUUCUGCUGGCACUAUGCCAUAGCUAUCUUUAUGGUGGUUGCCAUUUAUACUCUGGUCCACUGCUGUGCCCGGAGAUGGAGAACAAGCAAUGGGCAAAUACAGAUCCAGCUCAACCUCCAGAACCAAAAGAACGCAAAAGACUGCUGUGCUUUCCUCUUAAACACCUCCGAUGAAGAAUGAGCAAAGACGUCAGCCCACAUUGCUCUCUUUAUGCUUCAUUACAAAUUAACCCUUCAUUUUUCUAUUAAAUAAUAAAGCUGCAAUAAAGUAAUUACGGCAUGACGUCACCAUGCAA